CUUUCCACUCAUACCAACACAAUAUCAAGACCACCAGUCAUCGCUGAACAGAAUACGCUCUGUCUGAGAUACAGCAAAUGAGCUUGCCAACUUCUCCUCUUCGCCAUGAAGACUUCACCGUAGCUUGGAUCUGCGCCUUGCCCGUGGAGAUGGCAGCCGCCGAGGCCCUGCUGGACGAGCGUCUACCCGACCUGCCCGCCCAACCUCACGACAACAACACAUAUACUUUCGGUGUCUGUUACGGCCAUCGCGUUGUUAUUGCUAGUCUGCCGUCUGGGGUUUACGGGACUAAUUCUGCAGCGGUCAUAGCUACUGAAGUCCGCAUACGUUUCCCAUCUCUUCGGUUUGGACUGAUGGUCGGAGUGGGCGGAGGGGUGCGUGACGCUGGAGUUCAGCUCGGGGAUGUUGUCGUGAGCAAGCCCACUCGUGAAUAUGGAGGAGUUAUACAAUAUGACUAUGGAAAGGCGAUCGAUGGGGGUGAAUGGGAGCACACGGGAAUGUUGAACAAACCACCGACGGUUUUGCUGACCGCAAUCUCUAGACUCCAGGCAGCACACUUGCAAAAGCCGAGUCAGGUUUCAGAGUUAGUCUCAAAGGUCCUUGCCAUGAAUCCUAGUAUGGCGGCUACUUUUGGACAUCCGCGAUCAUCAGAAGAUGCGCUAAGCGAGGGAACUACGAGCCUGGAACAGCCGUGUGGAAUUUACUACGGCUUGAUCGCAUCAGGUAACAAGGUCGUCAAGGACGGGAAGCUACGGGAUAAAAUUGCAAAGAAAUAUGGCAUUCUGUGCUUUGAGAUGGAAGCUGCUGGCUUGAUGGAUAAUUUCCCAUGCCUUGUUAUCCGAGGAAUCUGCGAUUACGCUGAUACGCACAAGAAGAAAGACUGGCAAGGCUAUGCCUCCUUGACGGCAGCUGCCUACGCGAAAGAGCUCCUCGCUGUGAUACCGAGGCAUUCUGUUCUAGAGACCCCAACUGCCACGUUAAGCCUGGACUGUAAGUGCACGUGGUAUAUAGUCGUCGGUUUCAUUGUAUGGGGACUUACAAAUUGCGGCACCAGGGCAGAUUGGUAAUGGCUCUUCGAGAAGGGAGCCAUUGUCCAGUGGUUGGGUCAGCAAGUCGAGUAAGAAACUCUCGA